CGGUGCCGUUUCAUUAAUCAUUAUUGCACAAUUUCCUCCGAUUCAACGGAAAAUUAAGAAAGAAGUCACUCGGCCUUUUCCCAUCGACCUUAACCCACCCAAUACCCAUCUCUGCCAGUCCUUCCACCCGACCCCGGCGGCCGCGCGGAGGCGCCGCCGAUGUUUUCAAUUUAGUUCCAACUUACAAGUUCCACGCUUCCUUUCAGGUCUCCAACCGCAGUUCCACCGAGUCUGAAAUCUGCUGAUUCCGUAGCAUCAAUCGAAGGAGAAGAAGGCCUCAGCAUCGCCAGUCUUCAUCAACUGCUCAAUUAUAUCAAUUAGGGUCAUGGUUGUAGAAACCGGAAGGAAGAAGAUGAAGAGCUUCAACGGCAUGCUAGCCAUGAUUUGUAGCUCUUUCCUUGGGGUCUGUGCAUUCACCUUCAUUGCUGGAUACCCAAUUCCAACAUUUGGGAGAAUAGAGGUUGCCAGCAAUGUAUUGAUUCCUGGAAAUGAACUGUGGAGGGAGACUCUUUCCUUGCAGGGAGGUUCUCGUCUGUAUGAACUGCGGGACUUGAAAUCGAACACUUGGUAUGAAGUGAAGAUAUCUUAUCCGGCUUCUAUACCUGCUAGCUUCACUUUACAACUGAAGAAAGAUGCUUCUGAUUUGGGAAUGAACUGGAAUCGAAGAUUACUAAACACAGAGAAAUUAAUUUUCAAGACUGAUGUGUUUCUCUCUGCUCAUCAGAACCUGUUGUAUGUAUCGGUAACUGUAGAGCCGGAGGGGGUGGUUGCAAUACGUAAUGUACCAGAGAGGGAAACAAUCAUCUUCAACAUAGUAUGCGAUGAAUUGUUGCUGGGUAUCCCACACAAGGCUUGGUGGGUGGGAGUGUUGGUGUUGCUAUGUUUAGUGGCUGCAUUCAUCAUUCCUCGUUUGCUCCCAACACUCGUGCUGCCUGAAAAAGGAAGCUCCAGAUCAUCAUCAUACGAAGGUGUUGCCAAAGAAUCUUAGGAGUAGGAAGGUUUCAGAACCGAUUCAGCAGCAGGGAGGGGAUGUUGGGUUGUCGAAGCUCCUUCUAUGGUCAUCAUGGAAGCUUUUAGGUUUUGAUUGUCAUUGACUCAUUGUUAGCAUUUUUGUGCAGAACAGGAGAAAGGAAGGAGUGUCAGCCUUCUCCAUGGUUGAAAUUAGGGAGGAUCGGUAUCGUAUUCAAGGUGGUGGAGUUGUGAAAGUUUUGUUGCUGCACUCUUGCAAGUCAGGGAGACAUAACUAAAUAUAUCGAGCGGAAGAUAAGGCGGUGGCCGCUGCAUCUGGCGGAGAGAACAACCAGACGAGGAGAUGGACUCUCGGCGAUUUCGACAUCGGGAAGCCCCUCGGGCGCGGCAAAUUCGGCCACGUCUACCUCGCUCGUGAGAAAAGGAGCAAUCACAUCGUGGCCCUAAAAGUGCUGUUCAAGAGCCAGCUCCAGCAAUCGCAGGUGGAGCAUCAACUCCGCCGUGAAGUUGAGAUCCAGGGCCACCUCCGUCACCCCAACAUUCUCCGUCUCUAUGGCUACUUCUACGACCAGAAGCGAGUCUACUUGAUACUAGAGUACGCAGUCAAGGGUGAACUCUACAAAGAGCUUCAGAGAUGCAAGUACUUCAGCGAGAGGCGUGCUGCCACGUAUGUUGCGUCAUUGGCUCGUGCUCUGAUAUAUUGCCAUGGGAAACAUGUCAUCCACAGAGAUAUCAAGCCAGAGAACCUCCUGAUUGGUGCCCAGGGGGAGCUCAAGAUUGCCGAUUUUGGCUGGUCUGUGCAUACAUUCAACAGAAGGCGAACAAUGUGCGGGACAUUGGACUAUCUCCCACCUGAAAUGGUGGAAAGUGUAGAGCAUGAUGCUAGUGUAGAUAUUUGGAGCCUAGGUGUGCUGUGUUACGAGUUCCUCUACGGCACUCCUCCUUUUGAGGCUAGGGAACACUCUGACACAUACCGAAGGAUUGUGCAAGUGGAUCUCAAGUUUCCUUCAAAGCCUAUUGUAUCUGCUUCUGCAAAAGACCUAAUUAGUCAGAUGCUUGUCAAAGAUUCAUUCCAGCGUCUGCCACUACACAAGCUGCUCGAACAUCCAUGGAUUAUUCAGAAUGCCGAUCCCUCUGGCGUUUACAAGGGUUGAUAAGCGUAGAUGGAUGAUGCUAAGUAAACUACUUCCUGAAUCAAUGUAUGUGCUUAAAGACUCGAGCAUAAUCUCUUUGCAGUCACAUUAGAAGAGACUGAAGGCACCAGCAUGCUUUGUACUACUUACAGACUCAGUUGAACAAUGACCAUACCCUCUUCUUUCAUUCACCCUGUUAUGUACGAGGGGAUGAAUUGUUGCAGCGUAUUAUGUUAAUUCAUUCAUUUGGCCAAUAUAUAUAGCAAAAGUAUCCAUCUUCUGUUGUCAUUCGUGCUUGUCCAGUCUCUUUCUGGGACUAGUUGUGCUUGCCCAUUCAAAUGUCAAAGCGAAAUGCUCCUCGACAAUUUCUAAAUCCUUCACCUCAUCAAUUCAAUGAAAGAACGCAUGUAAUCCAACUAUGAC